AUGUCCACGCUGCGUGACGCACCGGACUUGGGCACGUACACGUCGCAUGGGGGCGGCGGUGAUAGCGAUGAUGAAAUCUUUGCCGAGUUGGAGCGCGAGGUAGAGGCGCUCAAUGAGGCGGAUACCGAGGACGCUGCGCGCGUCACAGGGUCUGCCGCACGAGAUGGGGAAGGUGAUCUGGCGCAGGCUUUCCAAGAGUAUCGAGCGCAGCGCCUCGCGGAACUACAGGCCGAAAUGGCUGCGCGUAUGGGCGCCGAUACCAGUGAUCCUGACCGUGGAAAAUACAAGGAAGUCAAGGACGAGAAAGAGUUGCUGCGCACGAGUAUCCGUGAGCCACGGUGCGUCAUCCACUUCGCGAAGAAAGAGUUUCGACGCUGCCAAAUUCUCGACCGUCACCUCGAGCAUCUCGCGCGACAGCAUCCUAAUACCCUCUUUGUGAAAGUCGACGUGGAGAACACGCCCUUUCUCGUGGACAAACUGCAUAUUCGCGUGCUUCCAUGCAUCAUGGCAUUUGUCAAUGGCAUUUCCAAGGACAAAUUGAUCGGCUUUGAAUCGUUCGGCAACUCGGAUAGCUUCACCACAGCCGCCUUGGAAUGGCGUUUGGGCCAAACAGGCGUGAUUGUACCGCAACAGAAAGCCCACCAGCCUAUCCUGGGCUUCGGCGUGGCCUCGUCGGCCGCUCAAGAUACCUAUGACGACGACGAGUGGGACUAG